GGCCGCUUCCGCCGCGCCCGCCCGCUUCCUGUGGUGCCUGCGGCGGUGCCGGGGUGGCGGGGAGGGCCGGGCCGGGCAGCCCGGCGAGAUGUCGGCAGCGGCGGGGCCGGAGCGGCCGCAGGUGGUGGUGCACGUGCAGCAGGGGCUGAACUACACGCUCUUCGACUGCAAGUGGGUGCCCCGCAGCGCGCGCCUCCUCUGCCUGGGCAGCGCCGCGCGUGGCACCGGCCUCCUUCAGCUCUACGAGCUGCGGAGCGGGCGCCUGGCCCUGCUGCGGGAGAUUGAAAAGGCUAAACCUAUAAAAUGUGGAACUUUCGGUGCUACGUCUCUGCAGCAAAGAUACUUAGCUACAGGAGAUUUUGGUGGAAACCUUAACGUAUGGAAUUUAGAAGCUCCUGAAAUACCAGUGUAUUCUGUGAAAGGUCAUAAGGAAAUCAUAAACAGUAUAGAUGGUGUAGGUGGCUUAGGAAUUGGGGAAGGUGCACCAGAAAUUGUGACUGGCAGUCGAGAUGGAACGGUGAAGGUAUGGGACCCGAGACAGAAGGAUACUCCUGUCGCUAAUAUGGAACCUGUGCAGGGAGAGAGCAAAAGAGACUGCUGGACAGUAGCAUUUGGCAAUGCUUACAAUCAAGAGGAACGUGUUGUAUGUGCUGGAUACGACAACGGGGACAUCAAAUUGUUUGACUUAAAAACCAUGACACUACGAUGGGAGACCAACAUUAAGAAUGGGGUUUGCAGUGUGGAGUUUGACAGAAAAGAUAUAAAUAUGAACAAGCUAGUGGCCACAUCGCUUGAGGGAAAAUUUCAUGUUUUUGAUAUGAGAACUCAGCAUCCAACCAAAGGUUUUUCUUCUGUUUCAGAGAAGGUGCAAAAAUCUACCAUAUGGCAAGUUCGGCACCUACCACAGAACAGAGAUAUAUUUAUGACGAGUGGAGGAGCUGGCAGCCUUCAUCUCUGGAAAUAUGAGUACCCAGCUCAGCGCUCGAAGAAGGAUUCUGAAGGAGCUGAGAUGGGAGUGGCAGGUUCAGUUAGCCUCUUGCAGAAUGUGACUCUGUCAACGCAGCCAAUUUCUAGUCUGGACUGGAGCCCCGACAAAAAGGGACUGUGUGUUUGUGGUGCCUUUGACCAAACUGUGAGGGUGCUGAUAGUUACGAAGCUUAACAAAGUUUGACAGGAAAACUAGAAUUUCUGGUGAGAAAGCAAUGUAGUUUGCAGUCUGUAAAUACGGGAGGGAGAGCCCUCCUGUUUCUAAUUCAAUUUCUCACUCAUUAAAACUGGAUUAAAGGAAUGGAAACCAGAUCUUUCCUUUGAAAGUUCUGGUACAUGCAGUUAGAGUUGUUUUGACUAAUUGUGCCGCAAUGACUUGAAGUUGCCCGGGCACAGAACUUUUACCUUCUAAAAAUGUGAAUUUACACUUAAAGUACAAUGUGCCUUUGUGUUAACGCAACCUGUAAUUUCAGAAAUCACUUUAAAUUGUUUGUGUUCAGUUUAGUCACAAUGCAAAUCCAUUCACACUUGGUAAAUGGUUUGGCUUUUUUAUAUAUAGUAUUGUUCAUAUGCAUUCAUGCAACAGCAACUACUAUAUACGCCCUCACAGAAACUUUGUGUUAUUGGAUAUUUUAAUUAGAAUGUUUGUUGAAGUGACUUAGCAUUCUUUAAUACACUAUAGAAGCUAUCAUGAAUGCUGAAAUAUUCAGGUUCAAUGGAGUAAGGUUUUUACUGAAGAUCAUACUGAAAUUAAACUAUUGAACAAAAUGCACUGUUUUAUUAUUUUAGUUUGUUUUUGUAACAAGUGUUUAUGUUCUGUUGUUUAUAUAUCUGUAACUUUGUAUUCUACAAAUAAAAUUAUAUGGAGUGUUGUCUUAA